GCGCGGGCGGCAGGAGCAGCUCAGACAUGAGCAGUGCUAGUAACUCACUAGCACGUGAAUUUUUGUCAGAUGUCAGCCAACUUUGCAAUGCGGUGGACCAAAGGGUGGAAGCCAGGGAGGAGGAAGAGGAGAAAACGCACAUAGCAGCACUUGGACAAUAUCUUGUCCAAGGUCAUGGAUUUGUUUUGCUUACUAAACUUAAUUCCAUAAUUGAUCAGGAGUUGACCUGUCGGGAAGAUCUUCUUACUCUCCUCCUGUCACUUCUGCCACUAGUAUGGAAAAUACCUGUACAAGAAGAAAAGGCAAUAGAUUUUAAUCUACCCUUCUCAGUUGAUAUAUGCUUGACCAAAGAGACAACUUCAAGUUCUCUCAAAUCUACUCAGGAAAAACAAAAUAUAGAAGAAAAUUCUUAUCUGUCCACUCAGGCGUCUGUAAAAUCAAAUUCUUCGUGGAAAAGUCGACGUCAGCGCAAAACUACCCAUCGCUAUUCUGUAAGGGAUGCAAGGAAAUCUCAGCUGUCCACCUCUGAUUCAGAAGGCAAUUCAGAUGAGAAGACUACCAUAAUGAUGAAGCACAGGAGGCCACAACUCCUACAACCUUUUCUAACAAACCCUCCUAAGGAACAAUAUGUUGUAGGUAAAUCUACCUUUCUAGACACUGAAGAGGUCCAGAGUUGUAAUCCCAGUAGAGAGAAUGUAGAUGACUCCAAACAGAUCAUUCCAGUUCAAGAAAUUGGUUCUCCGGCUUCAGAAGAGCCAGCUUCUUCAUCUGUCAGCUGCUUAGAUAACUCUCCCUUUGACUUGUGUCAUGUCUUAAUGUCAUUGCUAGAAAAAGUGUGCAAGUUUGACAUUGCGUUGAAUCAGAAGUCUGCCUUGGCAGCAAAUGUGGUAUCCACACUAACUGAGCUCUUGUCAAAACUUGGAGACUGUUACAGUGCAAACGUUGCUGCUGAAAAUGAAGUAGUUUCCUCAAGCUGGACAGAAGAAUCAGUUGCUCUGGUUCAGAGGAUGCUCUUUAGGACAGUGUUGCAUCUUAUGGCUAUGGAUGUUAACAAUGCUGAUACCAUGCCUGGAAAUUUGAGAAAAAAUCUUAUUGAUUUACUUAAAGCAGCUUUAAAAGCUAAAUGUUUGCUGGAAAAACCAUAUGGUCUUCUUGCUUCAAGACAGCAGGGAGCUUUCCAGAAGGCAAUUCAGGAUGACAUUGCCUUUUCAAGAUACCGCCACAGAGCACUUCUCUUGCCAGAGUUUAUAGAUGGAGUUCUGCAAAUCCUGAUCUGCUGCCUUCAGAGUGCAGCCUCCAAUCCAAUUUAUUUUAGUCAAGCAAUGGACCUGGUUCAUGAAUUCAUACAACACCAGGGAUUCAAACUGUUUGAAACCACAGUACUUCAGAUGGAACAGCUGGUUGCGAGGGACACUGAGGUAAAUGCAGAGGCGUUGGACUAUCUAAAAGCCCUCAUCAAUAGCAUCAUGAAAAUAAUCAGCACUAUCAAAAAAGUGAAGUCAGAACAACUUCAUCAGUCUGUGUGUACAAGAAAACGACACAGGCGAUGCGAGUAUUCCCACUUCAUGCAUCACCACAGAGACCUCUCAGGGCUGCCAGUUUCUGCUUUUAAAAACCAAGUCUCAAAGAGCCCAUUUGAGGAAGUGGCAGAUGGGGAGGUUCAUUAUCCUGACCGCUGUUGCUGUAUUGCUGUUUGUGCUCACCAGUGUCUGAGGUUGCUGGAACAACUCUCUCUUGGCAGCACAUGUUUUCAGAUCUUAUCUGGUGUCAAUAAUGUGGGCAUAUGUUGUUGCAUGGACCCCAAGUCCGUAAUUAUCCCCUUACUUCAUUCUUUCAAAUUGCAAGUAUUAAAAAACUUCCAGCCACAUAUAUUAAGCGUCCUUAAUAAGUUUAUUUUGGACCAACUUGGAGGAGCUCAGGUUUCUCAGAAACUGACACAGGCCUCCUGCAACAUUUGUACCAUUGACUGUGACCAGCUUGCUGAACUAGAUGAUGUGCUACACGGAGACACUGCUGACGUUGUUUCUGCACCAAGUUCUUCAACUUCCUAUCGCUUUCAAGGAAUUUUGCCCAGUAGAGAAUCUGAAGAUAUGUUGCUGAAGUGGGACGCCUUGGAGGCAUACCAGAGCCUUGUUUUUGAAGAAGAUGACAAACUGCGCUGCAUGCAGAUAGCUAGUCAUGUUUGCAAUUUGAUCCAGAAAGGCAAUGAAGUCAUUCAGUGGAAACUGUACAAUUACAUAUUCAGCCCAGUGCUCCAAAGAGGUGUUGAAUUGGCUCAUCAUUCCCAACAACUAGGUGUUACUACAACUUUCAGUCAGACAGGCAGCUGCCAUAAAAGAUGUUUGCCUCAGGAAGUGCUUCAGAUCUAUCUACAGACUCUACCUGCACUGUUUAAAUCCAGAAUAAUACGAGAGUUGUUCUUAAGUUGCAAUGGAGUAAAUCAAAUGACUGAACUAAAUUACUUGGACUGUGUACGAAGUUAUUCCUUGAAAGUAUUUGAAACAUUAAUAUUUUGCCUUGGAGACCAGCAGAUGGACCAAUUGAUGCCAGAUCUAGAUGGCUUAGACAGUGAACAAAAAAAGUCUGCAUUAGACCUAAGUGCUCUGGUCCAUAGGCAGCAAGAAGCUCCAGAUGUGCCUCAAAGCCUAAGCAAAUUUUAUGCUGGGCUCAAAGAAGUUUAUCCAAAGAAGAAGAAAUCAGUCAGUCAAGAUGUUCACGUCAACAUGAUAAACAUGUUUCUCUGUGUUGCUUUUUUAUGUGUCACUAAGGAAGCAGAUGCCGAUCGAGAUUCAGCUAAUGAUUCCGAAGAUACUUCGGGUUAUGAUAGUACAGCUAGUGAACCUUUGAGCCAUAGACUGCCAUGCCUCUCUCCUGAGAGUCUGUCUUUACCUUCCUUGGAACAUAUCCACAGGGCAGCAGACAUUUGGUCCAUGUGUCGCUGGAUCUAUUUAUGCAGCUCAGUUUUCCAAAGACAAUUCCAUAGGCUUGGUGGCUUUGAAGUAUGUCAUAGAUUAAUAGCCAUGAUUAUUCAGAAACUUGCCAUAAAAGGAGCAAAGGAACAAGGUGAGGAGGAGAUUUUUUUCAAAAGUGGCUCCUCACAGUUGGUGCUGAGCAAUGAGAGAAGCCAGUCAGACCGUGAUAGUCUUGAUGAAAAUCAUGACAGUGGAGAGCAAUGUGAAUGGCUUUAUCAUGAACAUUCCAGUACAGAACAAACUUCAGCUGAUGGUACUGCGGAAUCAAAAACAGCUUUAAUGCAAGAAAAUGAGUGGUCGCUCCAAGGUAUAAGACUUUUGGAAGCUCUGCUAGCAAUUUGUUUACAUAGUGCAAGUAAUUUCCAGCAGAAGACAGAAAUGGAAUCUCUUCUCCAGAAUGUUUGUGUGGAAGACAUAUUACUUGAAAUGAGGGACCAGCUUGCAAAAUCUAGAAUAAUGGAAACUGACUUGGUGAAGCCUUUAUUUGACUGUUUGCUUCGAGUUGCACUGGGAACUUAUUUUGCUGAUCUGGAUCAUUCUGAAGAGAAGAAAGAAAAGGUCCAUCAAUCUGAAGAGGAGCCUACACCUCAGCCUGGUGAUAUAUCUGAAGAAGCUGAAGAGUCACAGUGCUGUAGCUUUAAUUUUUUUGCUGAAGAAGAAGGCUAUGAUGCAGAUAGUGAAAGUAAUUCUGAUGACAGUGAAAGCAAGGAUGAAGGAACAGACACUAAGAAAGAAAAAGGAUGCUUUGGUUAUUCCAGUUUUCCCAGUGACCUAACUGAAAACCUUAUUCAAGGGGAAUUAAUAUACCCUGAAAUCUGCAUGUUGGAAUUGCAUUUACUCUCUGUUGGCAGCCCAAGCCUAGAUGUGCUCUCUCAUGUCUUCCAAAGCUUCUUGAAAGUAAUCAGGCUGAAAGGAAAGAAUGCAACGUUACUUAUGCAACAGGGAGCUGUAAAGAGUCUUUUGGGAGGAUUCCUCAACAUAUUGACACAGACAGAUUCCAGUUUUCAUGCAUGUCAGGAGGUAUUGGUGGAUCUGCUAGUGUCUCUGAUGAGCUCAAGAACAUGUUCAGAAGAGCUAACGCUUCUCUUAAGGAUCUUUUUAGAAAAAACUCCAUCUACGAGUACGCUGCUUAAAGGAAUUCUGAAGAUUUUGGAGGCAAAUACCGAGAUGACGCCUUUACAACAUAUCUCAUUUCCUUUGCAUCAAAUGCCAAAUUUAGGAAGCAGCCCUUCCCAAAAACCCAUUCUCAGUCUCAACAGCAAGACCAUAGGACUACUCAGGCGAGCAAAGCUUGCACAGACAAAGAAGGAGCCAGAGGGUGAGAGCUUGUCUCACCAUCUUCUUUCUUCCUGGCAUGUUGCUCCAAUCCAUUUGCCUUUGGUUGGGCAAAACUGUUGGCCACAUAUGUCUGAAGGUUUCAGCAUCUCAUUGUGGUUUUAUGUGGAAUGUGUUCAUGAAGCAGACAAUUCCCUGGAGAAAGCAAGAAGAAUGAAAAGGAGGAGCAAGUCCUUAAUUUCGCACGACAGCAGUUUUGAUGAUACAGAAGAAAGCAAACCUGGAGUUGAUUACCUCAAUUUGGGAGACAAACUUCUUGAAGAUGGCUGCCUUCAUAUAUUUUCAUUGGGGUCCAAAGCAUUGAUGAUACAAGUGUGGGCUAAUGUGAACAGUGGAGCAUUCAUAUUUCGUAUGUGUAUGGAUCCAAAUGAUGAAAUGAAAGCUGGCCUGUUAGCACAAGCUGAAACACCAGAGAACACUUUUCUUAUAGGCAAAUGGCAGCAUUUAGCAUUAACUUACCUGGAACAGCCAGAAAGCAAGAAGAAUAUCCACGGAACACUGUCACUAUGGAUUUCUGGUCAAAGAAAACCAGACAUCAGUUUAGAUUAUACGCUCCCAAGGAAAACAAGCUUAUCAUCUGAUAGUAAUAAGACCUUCUGUAUGACUGGCCAUUAUACAUCAUGCCAAGAUGAUUUUUUGCAGUUGGCUGGCCAAUGGGACCUGGGAAAUCUGCUUCUUUUCAAUGGUGCAAAAAUUGGUCCAGAAGAAGCAUUUUAUCUCUAUGCUUGUGGACCAGACUUCACUUCUGUAAUGCCUUGUAAAUUUGGCAAAUCAAUAACAGAUUAUUCCAAAUACAUAGAUAAAGAGAUUUUGCAGUGUGAACAGAUUAAAGAACUCCUAAUGACAAAGAGAGAAGUGGACACUGGAGCUUUAAUUGAAAGCCUUGCUGCUGUUUACACUACUUGCUGCCCUGGUCACUACACAAUCUAUGAGCCAGUGAUCAGACUUAAAAGUCAAGCAAAAACUAUUCCUUCCCAACGACCUUUCAGUUCAAAAGAGGUACAAAGCAAUUUGCCAGAUCCUCAUUACCUGAAAAUGCUACAGCCUGCUGAAUACAAAGGUCUUCAGGGCAUACUGCAUGAGAUUGGAGGAACAGGGUCAUUUGUCUUCCUUUUUGCCAGGAUUGUAGAGAUCAGCAACUAUGAAGAGACACAAGCUUUAGCUCUAAAAGUUAUCCUGGCCUUAACAAAACAUAACCAGCAGAGAAUAAAUGAGUUAGAAAACUGCAAUGGUUAUUCAAUUAUUCAUCAGGUGUUGAUAAAGCCCAAGUGUGUUGUUGGAUUUCACAUUUUGCAGACUCUCCUUGAAGGAUGCUGCAGUGAGAAGAUGAUUCAUCUAAAUGAGAAUGGACAAUUUAUACUUGAUGCAGAGUCUAGAGCAGUAAUCCAAGAUGUUCAGUUGUUGGAAGAGCUGCUACUUGAUUGGAAAAUAUGGUCGAAAUCCCAGCAAGGUGUUUGGGAAACACUCUUAUCCGCUCUGGAAGUACUUAUCCAAGAUAAUCAUUGGCAACAGAUGUUUAACAUUAAGCAACUUCUGAAAGCUCGAGUUGUGCAUCACUUUCUGAGGACAUGUCAGGUUCUGCAGGAACACAAAGAAGAACAUCUCACAUCUUUGCCUGCAGAGGUUUGCACAUCAUUUGUGAAAAUAAUUGAAGAGUUGCUUGGUUCUCCGCCAGAUCUCGAAUUGUUGACAUUGAUCUUCAAUUUCCUCUUAGCUGUUCACCCUGCUACUAAUACAUAUGUUUGCCACAAUCCCAGAGACUUCUACUUUUCCCUGCACAUAGAUGGCAACAUUUUUCAAGAGAAGGUGCAAUCAAUCAUGUAUUUGAGAAAUUCCAGCAGUGGUGGAAAAUCUAUUGACAGCCCAACUUUGGCAAUUACAAGUCCAACUGGAUUUUCUGCUGGACAUCAAGAAGGAAAUGAUUCAUCUGGAGUAAGCGAAUCGCAGACACCAGUUCCUCAGGGGCCUGAACGACUCUGUAAAAGUCUACCAGCAUCUCCUACUUCCUCUCCACAAGGGCGUCGGAAAGGGUUCCGUAGGAAUGUGGGCAGGAGUGUUGAGAACUUGUAUGUAGUUGGAGAGACUGGCUUGGCUGAGCUGCUGCAGAAAAAUAAUUUUGUAAAGAGCUUGGAGGCAAUUAAAAGGAUUCAGGAGGAGCAUUUAAUCAGCAGCUGUGAGUCUGCCAAGACAGUUGUGGAUUUGGAAGGGUUUACUUCUGCUGAGACCUUAGGUAUUUCCAAGGAAGAUGUGGCAAUGUUGGAAAAGGCUCCUGAGACCCAAGAAGCAAGUGCAGGAAUAGAACUUAGUGAAGAGGGCGCUGCUCCUGAAUCUUCUCUGAGGCGUCCCGACAAUCUGAAGGGACUGUCCCCCUUUCAGAAAAAUCACAGCCAUUUUCCAGGCUUUGGUUUGCCCUUUUCUGUUCACAGUGGAUCUGCUAUCGCUCGUUGGCCGAGCCUGGCUGAUAAAAGUGUGCCUUCUGAAGACUGGGAACAUGUGGCCUUUUCUUCAGCUAGUGAACAGGCUCAUCAAGAAUCCAAAAACACUGCUGAUAGAUCAACAGAAGACUGUCUUGUACUGGUUUGCUGUGGUUUUUAUCAACUUCUGCACAGAGUUCUUUUAAUAUUGCCGGAUGCCAUGCUUCCAGAUGUGAUGGACAAGCUUAUUCAGCCAGACGUUCUCAUAGUCCUUGUGAACCAUCCAUCUGCUCUCAUACAACGAGGAGUCAUUAAACUCCUGGACACAUAUUUCAGCAGAGCAACAAGAGAACAAAAGGAAAAGUUCUUGAAAAAUCGAGGUUUCUCCUUAUUAGCUAACCAGUUGUAUCUUCACCAAGGAACCCGAGAAGUUAUGGAAUGCUUUAUGGAAAUGCUGUUUGGUCGAUCAGUUGGCCUUGAUGAAGAUUUUGAUCUAGAAGAUGUGAAAAGUGCUGGACUUUUUCAAAAAUGGUGUGUGAUCCCUGUACUGGGUCUUAUAGAGAACUCCCUCUACGAUAGCAUCCUGCUACAUAAUUCUUUCUGUUUCCUGCUGCAAGUUAUAAAUUCAUGCUCUAAAAUGGCAGACAUGCUUCUAGAUAAUGGCUUGCUAUAUGCACUGUGUAAUACUUUAGCAGCACUUAAUGGAUUAGAAGCCAACAUGCUCUCAAAUGACUACGGACUUCUUGUGUGUGAUAUACAGCAGUUACUUGUAGCAGUGGCAAUCCAUUCCUGCAGCAGUUCAGGUUCUCAGUAUUUUCGGAUCAUUGAAGAUCUCAUGGUCUUACUUGGACAUCUCCAGAAAAGCAAGGAUGAAAGAACACAGAAUAUGGCAGUUGCUUUGCAGUUCAUUGUUUUACAAGCAGCUGUUGAGUUCAUAAAAACUGCAGGAAAUCAAGACCUGGAAGAACUGAGCAACUCAUUCCAUUUACCUCUUGCACAUCAUCAGGCUGUUUUUCAAAAACGUAAAAGCAUUGCUGCACCUAGAAAAUUUUCUCUUGCUCAGUCGGACACGUUGCUAAUGAGAAUGCGUACAGUUGCAAGUGAUGAACUCGAUUUAAUGAUGCAGCGAAGAAUGAGUCAAGACAAUCCUGCUCGUGCGACUGAAGCAGAGCUUGUACAGAGGCUACAGAGAAUUACUGUUCUGGCAACCAAUAGGUUCAUUUAUCAAGAACUUUCUGACACUUGCCUUGUUAUGAUGAUGGAGGCCCCAGUCCAGAGCAGGCUUUCAGUUUCACAGAUGGAAGAGGAUGACCAGGAGGAUCAACAGGAGCCAAUUACCCGUAAAACUCCCUUCUUGAAAGAAUUGUUCAAAACAAUGAUUGAAGGAAUUGUGUUAUCUGUUGGUCCAAGCAGGACUGGCACCCCAAGGCAGCCCUGGAAAAGAAUUCUCUUGUCCUGUAAGGAUACAUUUCGAGUGCAGCUUGGAAGACUGCUUGUGCAUGCUUUAUCUCCAGCACGCUCUUUACAAGAAAGAAAGCAAACCUUGGAGGUUUUAUCUGAAAUAAACCAGCAGGAAAUUUUGCAAGACUGCCUAAGUUCAACUUUGCAACAUGGGCCCAAAUUGUCACUCUAUCUAUUUGAGCUAAUGCAUGAUCACAAGGAUGAACUAACUAAAGACGAGCAGCUAUCAGUGGGGGCAUUUAUGAACACAUUGAAACUUUGUGGCUACAAAUAUAUUCCCCUCAAUGCACCACCAAAGCCAGACCUCGUAAAAGCUAUGAAAGAGGACCAAAAGAAAUAUGAGGCAGAAGAAGAUGUGAACAAAGCUGCUUGGGAGAAGACUAUGGCUAAUAACCGGCAAACUCUCUUCCAGCGCCUGGAUGCAAAGUCAAAGGAUAUUUCUAAAGCAGCUGGGGAUAUCACCCAGGCUGUGUCUCUAUCCCAGGGAAUGGAAAGGAAGAAGGUGAUUCAGCACAUCCGAGGGAUGUAUAAAACAGACUUAAGUGCCAGCAGACACUGGCAGGAGCUUAUUCAACAGCUUUCACAUGAUAGAGCACUCUGGUAUGAUCCUGCAUCUUACCCAACAUCUUGGCAACUAGAUCCAACAGAAGGUCCUAACAGAGAGAGGCGCCGUUUGCAGAGGUGCUACUUAACUAUUCCAAAUAAGUACCUUCUCAAAGAUAGACAGAAAACAGAAGAGGUUAUAAAACCCCCUCUGGCAUAUCUGUUUGAAGACAAAACACACUCCUCUCACUCUUCUACUGUAAAAGAUAAAGCUGCCAGUGAGCACAUAAGAGUUAAUCGAAGAUGCAUCAAUGUGGCUCCAUCUAGAGAGACUCCUGGUGAACUGCUACUAGGCAAAUCUGGAAUGUAUUUUGUGGAAGACAAUGCUUCUGAUACCAUCGAAAGCUCAAGUUUUCAUGGAGAAACUGAACCAGCAUCAUUUUCUUGGACGUUUGAAGAAAUCAAAGAAGUGCACAAGCGCUGGUGGCAAUUAAGAGACAAUACAGUGGAAAUAUUUUUAACAAAUGGCAGAACUUUACUAUUAGCUUUUGACAACACAAAGGUGCGUGAUGAUGUGUACCACAACAUCCUAACAAACAACCUUCCUAAUCUCUUGGAGUAUGGCAACAUUACUGCAUUAACACACCUGUGGUACACAGGACAGAUCACUAAUUUUGAGUAUCUUACUCAUUUAAACAAACAUGCUGGCCGUUCCUUCAAUGAUCUCAUGCAGUAUCCAGUAUUUCCCUUUAUACUUUCCGACUAUACUAGUGAAACACUGGACUUAAAUGAUCCAUCUGUUUAUAGAAACUUGAUCAAACCAAUAGCUGUACAAUCAAAAGAAAAGGAAGAUCGUUAUGUGGACACUUACAAGUAUCUAGAAGAAGAGUACCGUAAAGGAGCUAGAGAGGAUGACCCAAUGCCACCCGUACAGCCUUAUCACUAUGGAUCACAUUACUCCAAUAGUGGAACAGUACUUCACUUCCUAGUUAGAAUGCCUCCUUUCACAAAGAUGUUUUUAGCUUAUCAAGAUCAGAGUUUUGAUAUUCCAGACAGAACCUUCCACUCCACCAACACAACAUGGCGCCUUUCAUCAUAUGAAUCUAUGACUGAUGUAAAGGAGCUCAUCCCAGAAUUUUUCUAUCUUCCUGAGUUUUUAGUUAACAGAGAAGGAUUUGAUUUUGGGGUGCGUCAGAAUGGGGAAAGAGUAAACCACGUGAACCUUCCACCCUGGGCUCGAAAUGAUCCCCGGCUUUUUAUCCUGAUCCACCGUCAAGCUUUAGAGUCUGACCAUGUUUCCCAGACUAUUUGUCACUGGAUUGAUUUAGUAUUUGGGUAUAAGCAAAAGGGCAAAGCUUCAGUUCAAGCUAUCAACGUUUUUCAUCCUGCUACAUACUUUGGAAUGGACGUGUCGGCUGUUGAAGAUCCAGUUCAAAGAAGAGCCCUAGAGACGAUGAUAAAGACAUAUGGACAAACCCCUCGCCAGCUGUUCCACACCGCACAUGUCAGCAGACCUGGAUCCAAACUCAUUAUGGAAGGAGAACUCCCUGCUGCUAUGGGAUUAUUAGUGCAGUUUGCUUUCAGAGAAACAAAGGAGCAUACUAAAGAGAUUGUAUAUCCGAGUCCUCUACCCUGGAUCAAAGGCUUAAAGUGGGGGGAAUAUGUAGGUUCCCCCAGUGCCCCAGAUCCUGUGGUCUGCUUCAGCCAGCCACAUGGAGAAAGGUUUGGCUCCCUGCAAGCUCUGCCAACCAGAGCUAUUUGUGGUUUGUCCCGAAAAUUCUGCCUGCUGAUGAUAUAUAGCAAAGAGCAAGGUGUUAGAAGCAUGCACAGUACAGCUAUCCAGUGGUCAGCGAUUCUCAGUUGGGGUUAUGCUGACAAUAUCUUGAGACUAAAAAGCAAGCAAAGUGAACCCCCACUUAACUUUAUACAGAGUUCACAGUUUCAUCAGGUAACAAGUUGUGCUUGGGUACCAGACAGCUGUCAACUUUUUACUGGCAGCAAAUGUGGGGUCAUCACAGCAUAUAUGAACAGAUUCACUAACAGUACACCUUCUGAGAUUGAAAUGGAAUCUCAGGUGCAUCUGUAUGGUCAUACUGCUGAGAUCACCAGCUUGUUUGUCUGCAAGCCCUACAGUAUAAUGAUAAGCGUAAGCAAGGAUGGAACCUGCAUCAUUUGGGAUCUGAACAGGCUCUGCUAUGUGCAAAGUCUUGCUGGACACAAGAGUCCUGUAACAGCGGUGUCUGCUAGUGAAACAACAGGGGACAUUGCAACCGUUUGUGAUUCAGUUGGUGGCGGCAGUGAUCUCAGACUUUGGACAGUGAACGGUGAUCUUGUGGGACAUGUGCACUGCAGGGAAAUUAUAUGCUCUGUUGCUUUCUCUAACCAGCCUGAAGGAGUCUCUAUCAAUGUUAUUGCUGGAGGACUAGAAAAUGGAGUUGUAAGACUGUGGAGUACGUGGGAUUUGAAACCUGUGCGGGAAAUUACAUUUCCUAAAUCAAAUAAACCCAUUGUGAGCCUUACAUUUUCCUGUGAUGGUCAUCACUUGUACACAGCAAAUAAUGAAGGAACUGUAAUUGCUUGGUGUCGCAAGGACCAACAGCGCUUGAAGCUCCCCAUGUUUUACUCAUUCCUUAGCAGCUAUGCGGCUGGCUGAUGACUCUUCAUGCUCUUUGGCCUUGGUUCCUUCAGAAGCACUUUCAAUCCAGACUAGAUCAUAGAGCCUCUCUCAUUUAACUAGAUUUUGAAAUACAUUUAACAUAUUUAUGAUAAGUGAGUAGGUCAAUGAUACAUCAGUGAAGGACUGCUAUGUAUGCUCAUGCACCAAAUUUAUAAAACAUAUCAUGGAUAUAGGAAAGUUCUGGCCUGCCGUUUUUGGUACCAGGUGAGUGGUAGAAGCGCUAACAAAGAAGUUUAAAUGCUGCAAUGUAUAAUGUAAAGAAUAUUUUUACGGAUCAUUUCGUGGACGUGUAUAUUCUAAAUCCUGAAGCACUAGUUGUGACUUUUGCUCCUUUGUGAUGUAAAGAAUAAAAUAGAAUUAAAAUACUUCAAAGGU